AAUUCUGCAAGUGGUUCUAAUUUACUAUUGCUGUUCUCUAGCUGGUCUAAAACCGCUUUUGACCUAAAGGGACGCUUUUUGGACGCCCCAAGUUUCCAGGCAGAAAGAACAGUAAAAAUGCAGGCAGGGCACAGGACAAAGCCCUCGGGACAAAAUGUAUGUGAAAUGGUUUGAUACAGUAAUGUUUUACUAUGUGAUUUUAGUGAAAUUUUCAAAUUUCCUGCCAGUUCCGUCCUUGUACAUCCUGACGUCGUAGGAAACGGAACCCAGAAGAUGGAUGCUGGUAUUGGCCGGAGGAGAUUACAGGGGACACUGCAGGAGGGACAU